AUGGAUUAUAAUAAAAUUUUACAAAGCAAGACAAUUCAAGAUAUUUACAACAAGAAUCCAAAUCGAAGCAGUAUUGCUACAACAGCUUCAGCAACAUCGACUGGCCAAUCUUUAGAGAUCAAUAUCUAUCGUGAAGAUGGUCGACUUCGACAUCAUAGUGAUACGCGAGCUAGUACAACAGAUAGCUUUGAUCUCAAUAAUCCAGAUAGUCCUGGAUAUAAAUCAUCGCUUCAAUUUAAACAUCAAGCUGAUAAUAAAGAAGAAGAGGAUCCUAAUCUGCUAUCACCAUCACCUUUUCUUCCUGAUGAUGAUUGGGCUAGUGCUUGUGACGGUAGUAUUCAUGAUAGCGACGAUGAGGAGGGAACGUUUCAUUCAGCAAUAUCAGUCCAAUGUCUACAUCAAUUGGAUGAUGAAGAGGAUUUAAUCUCAUCUGAUAGUAGUGAAGAAUGUCGUCGCUACAUGGCUAAUCUCGUCGAUCGAUUGUAUAACGAAAGGGAGACCAUUUCGCCUGAUGAAAAGGCAACGUUUCUAUUCUGGUGUAAGGGAGGAAGUGGCCGUGGAUGGUUCGCUUACUAUGUCGAUAGCAAGGUUUAUAAUUAA